UUUUUUUAAAUUCAUGAUUAAUCUUGUUAUGUUUCAACAUCACUUUAAAAGAAAUGAAAGGAUCUUAAAAAAAUACAAAAAGUAUUAUUUUCACAAGUUGAAGUUUAGGGGUUAGAGUUUGAGACGCUUCCCAAUAGAAAGUACCCUAUAAAUUACGAUUUUGUAUAUAUUUAGCUCAUUAGUAUAUCAAUUAAUGCCUUUUGUUUAAAUAAAUCAGAACAUAAUCCUUGUACAUGUCUAAGAUCUGAAUACUUUGUUUUUUUACUGUUGGACCGCAGUUUGAAGUAAUGGCCCAUAUGUAUUUAAAAUAUCUCAUAUGUAAGUUUGAUGCUGGGAUGUUUUAUCAAAUUUGUUUAGAAAUUUUGAAAAAGUCCAUUCAUAAGAUUCUUCUUAAUUCAGCGUAAGCUUUACUGUUGCUUAAACACAGUUGUGGAAAGUUCAUCUUCAUUUCUGAAGCUCUUCUGUGACCCUGAUAACAGUAACACAAACCAGGUUAUUGGGUUUCCUGUAUUUUGUCUUGUAUUGUUUUUGUCUGUUGUAAAUUUGGUUAAGAUCAGGGGUUAAACUGGAAUUUGGGACGUGGGGGAGCCCUAUUUUUCCAAUGAGUGUCAACAAUGUGGGAAGUGAACACUUCAGUGUAUGUGGUUCUAUAUGGAGUUCUAACACUGAUACCAUGAAAAUGGGAUUAAAACUAACAGCCUGUUUGUUUCUGUCUGAACGGCUUAAUGAAGUCAGUUCAUUUAUUUGUCUGUUUUAAGUUUUCCUUUUUGUCAGUUUUGUCAUCAAAAUUAUAUGAAGGUAUCUUCUGAUUCUUUUCUGACAAAAAUGAAAUGUGGAAUAAGUAACAUAAAAAAUGAUUAAACCAUGAAGACGUCAGAGCACAUCUGUGAUUAUUAUAUGCUAAUCAGACGGUUCUUAUUCAGGAUAAAGCUUGAAGGAAAUAGGAUCAGUCCUCUUUGUGAAAAUACAGGAUCCAAAAGGCCUUAAAAAUUAGCUUUUAGUUGUGAAGCCAGUUUGAAUUCAUGGUGUAGCUUCACAUAUUAGCAGGGCGUCGGAUCACAGGUUAAUGGUCGACCUGACUAACUGGGGUCCUGCCUGUAUAGGGGGUCUCCAAAAACCUCACAAAUAAACUGAUUUUGGUUUCUAAUUUUGAUACUUGCUGUUAUUUUAGUAAUAAUAUACUAACUUCCAUCAUAGGUUCUGCUUAUCUGUCUAAUUCCUGCCCUCCUCAAAAGCUAAAGUGGUUUGAUCCUCCUGCACAAAUCUAUGGUGUAAAGAACAGCAGUUAGUGCAACAGCUAAUUCUGAAACACCAAAAGCAGGAUUUCAGAAGUGCAAGGAGCUCAGAGAGCGAGAGAGAAAGCUAAAAGAGGACAGAGAGAAAACUGCUGACCAGUUUCUGUCAGAAAACAGGUCAGCCUGAAGAGCCAAACAGCCAAAAUGCUGCAGUAAAGUCAGCUAGCUUGCUAACUAGCGGUUAGCUAUCAAGCAGUGAUUCAUAACAAACACGAGCUGAUAAAGAGGCAGGAUUUGAUUCAGAGCAGCUGGUGAGCGUUUUAUUAACAGGUAAUGUACCAGACAGUGUUUCUGUGAUCAUAACCAGUGAAGUUCAGCCUCAGUGCAGCAGUGAACCUGUAAAACACCCUUUACUGUUAGUUCCAGAAGUGACUGAUGGAGAGAGAGCAGCUCCUCUUCCUCUACUGAGGCAGCUGAGUGAGGCACGCUGAGCUCAACAAAGCAGCCAACAGCUUCCAACUAACAGCCAAACAUCUGUUUAGCAGCUUCUCCCCCUGAGGAGGUGCUGAGUGUGAGGCGUCUGCACAGCUUUCCAUGCUGUACUGUUGUUUUCUGCUGAGUCUCCUUUUGUUGGUGAGUUUAUGGAGAAUUCUGGAACUGGAGAAUCUCUCUGAAGGGAAAUGAUCACUAACUGGAUCUACAGCCGCCUGUUUGACUGAAAAACAACCCUGAAAUCAGAGACUGAGAGUUUCACAGAACUGAAAGUGAAAGCCUGAGUGUUCUCACUGGAAGAAACAGCAGGAAAAGAAAAUGGCUUCUAAAUCUUUCUCAGAGGAGGAUCUCUCCUGUCCUGUGUGCUGUGAGAUCUUCAAGGAUCCUGUUAUUCUGCACUGCAGCCACAGUGUGUGUAAAGACUGUCUGCAGCGGUUUUGGGAAACCAAAGGAUCCAGAGAAUGUCCAGUUUGUAGGAGGAGAUCUUCAAUGCAUGAACCUCCUACAAACCUGGCUUUAAAGAACCUGUGUGAGGGUUUCUUACAGGAGAGAAGUCAGAGAAGUCCAGCAGAGUCUGAAAACAUCUGCAGUUUGCACAGUGAGAAAAUCAGACUCUUCUGUGUGGAUGAUCUACAGCCUGUGUGUUGGGUGUGUCGGAACUCUAAAAUCCACACCAACCACAAAUUGCUCCCCCUUCAGGAAGCAGCAGUUGACUACAAGGAGGAGCUCAAAACUGCACUGAAACCCCUGAAGGAGAAACUGAAGACCUUUAAAAGGUUUAAACUGCAUUUGGAUCAGACUGCAGAACAUAUAAAGACUCAGGCCCAACACACAGAGAGACAGAUUAAGGAGGAGUUUGAGAAGCUUCACCAGUUUCUACGAGAUGAAGAGGCAGCCAGGAUAUCAGCACUGAGGGAGGAAGAGGAGCUGAAGAGUCAGAGGAUGAAGGAGAAGAUUGAGAAGAUGAGUAGAGAGAUAUCAGCACUUUCAGACACAAUCAGAGCCAUAGAAGAGGAGAUGGGAGCUGAAGAUGUUUCAUUCUUACAGAACUACAAGGCCACAGUGAAAAGAGCUCAGGUCACACUGCAGGAUCCAGAGAGCCUUUCAGGAGCGCUGCUCCAUGGGGGGAAACACCUGGCCAACCUGAAGUUCACAGUCUGGGAGAAGAUGAAGGAGAUUAUUCAAUUCACUCCUGUAACUCUGGACCCCAACACUGCUCAUUCUGAUCUCAUCGUGUCUGAUGAUCUGACCAGUGUGAGAUUCACUGAUGAGAAACAGCAGCUUCCUGAUAAUCCAGAGAGAUUUGAUGAAUAUGUAUGUGUUCUGGGCUCUGAGGGCUUCAACUCAGGAACUCACUUCUGGGAGGUUGAAGUUGGAUACAAUACAGUCUGGUUACUGGGUGUGAUGACAGAAUCUGCUCAGAAGAAGGGAGAUAUAUUCUCCAGGAGUGGAGUGUGGUUUGUGUGGUAUAAUAGUGGUAAAUAUAAAGCCUGUUCUUCACCACAGCCAGGCACUCUCCUCUCAGUAGGUCAGAAACCGCAGAGGGUCAGAGUGCAGUUGGAUUGGGACAGAGGAAAACUCUCAUUCUCUGAUCCUCUCACUAACACACACUUACACACUUUCACACACACAUUCACUGAGAGAGUUUUUCCACUGUUCCUUACCAGUAAAAUCAGCACUGUGAAAAUCACAGCAGUUCAGUUUAGUGUAUCAGUGAAUCAGCUCAGUUAGAGCUCAUUCAGUCUUUGUGUGGAUCAGCACUGAAAUACUGAUUAAUACUGAAAUGAUCACUGCAGUUAUAAGACCUGUUCAGUUGCUGCAGUUGAGCUGGGAUUAUUUAAGGAAUCUUAUUGAGCUGCUUAAACACAUUUGUAGAAGGUUUAUCUGCUUUUUUAAACACGAAUGGAAACUACAUUAAAGUAGCUCAGUCUAAAUAACACUGAACACAUUACAUUCUUAAUGAUUAGAGUGUAUAAAAAUGGAAAGUAAAGCAGGUGUAACAUUCAAAUAUAUAUUUGGAUUAUUCUACUGAAUUGAUUCAAAGUCAGAGUUGAAAACACACUUAACUGACUUGGUGUUUAGACUGGAAUUGUUUUGCUUUGAGUGACUCUGUAUCUUAAUUAUGGUCAUUUUAUUAAAAUACAUUAUUGAAGAUUCCAUCUUGUCACUACCAAAACAAUCAUAACACUACUGAAACUUCACCAUGUGUUUCAGUAGUGACUGUUUCCAUAGUGACAAUUACAUUUUUUAUAAAUGAAUUCAUGAUUAAUCUUAAUGUUUCAGCUUCACUUUAAAAUAAAUGAAAGGAUCUUAAAAAAUACAAAAAAUAAAAGUAUUAUUUUCACAAGCUGAAGUUUAGGAGUUUGAGACAGACGACUCCCAAUAGAAAGCACCCUAUAAAUGAUGGUUUUGUAUAUAUUUAGCUUGUUAAUUUAGCUUAUUAUUGUUCAAAUAAAUCAGAACAUAAUCCUUGUACAUGUCUAAGAUCUGAAUACUUUGUUUUUUUACUGUUGGACCGCAGUUUGAAGUAAUGGCCCAUAUAUAUUUAAAAUAUCUCAUAUGUAAAUAUGAUGCUGGGAGGUUUUAUCAAAUUUGUUUAGAAAUUUUGAAAAAGUCCAUUCAUAAGAUUCUUCUUAAUUCAGCGUAAGCUUUACUGUCUCUCACAGUUUCUUAAACACAGUUGUGGAAAGUUCAUCUUCAUUUCUGAAGCUCUUCUGUGACCCUGAUAACAGUAACACAAACCAGGUUGUUGGGUUUCCUGUAUUUUGUCUUGUAUUGUUUUUGUCUAUUGUAAAUUUCAGGGGUCAGGGGUUAAACUGGAAUUUGGGACGUGGGGGAGCCCUAUUUUUCCAAUGAGUGUCAGCAAUGUGGGAAGUGAACACUGUUCAGUGUAUGUGGUUCUAUAUGGAGUUCUAACACUGAUACCAUGAAAAUGGGAUUAAAACUAACAGCCUGUCUGUUUCUGUCUGAA